AAAUCACCACCUUUCUUCUUCUUCUUCUUCUUCUUCUUCUUCUUCUUCUAUAUUUUGAGUUUUUUUCUGAUUCCUUUCCUUGGUUGAAUGUUUAGCUGUAUGUCUUGUGAUAGCUUCUUCCACUGGAGCAGUGCGAAGUUUAAGGAUCCCAGAAAGUUUGCCGAAGGCAAGUCUGGCGAUGAGAUGCCUGACGAUCAAAAGCCUGCCGAUGAAAAGCCUGGUGAUGACAAGUCUGGCAGUGGAAAGUCUGUCACUGUCAAUAGCAAGCCUGAGGAUUUCAAGCCUACCUAUGACAACAUGGAGUCUUUCGAGUUCAACCCUUCCGAGGACAAGCCCGCCGAGACCAUGUCCGUCGAUGAGAAGCCUGCCGACACCAAGUAGUCUCUCAGCGUGACUCGGUCUAUCGUCUACAAGUCUUGUGUUUGCAGGAAAGGUAAACUCUUCCUAGACACCUUUUCUUGCUGUGA